AUGAUCAAGGUAGCCAAACUUUUGGUCGUCGUCGUUGCUACCUCCAUUCGCACCGAGACGAAGGCUGCACGAUCAAACCAAUGGACGGCGCGGCGUACUUGGGCACCUCGCGGCCGUGCAGUCUCUGCAUGCGCGCAAGCGCGAGGACUUGCGUUGGACACGGCAGUGCACGAAAGCCACUUGGACGUGCUUCGCUUCUACGAGUGGAAGGCGGCGCUGGACCGGGCGGCCCAGCUGGACGUCCUCUUGACACUGGAUCCGACGCAAGCAGCACAGGCCGUCGACCGGGCGCUCUCGAUCCGACAGAAAGCUGUGUUUUUGAACCUCCAAGCAGCCGCGUACCCUGGUGCGAAGACGAGUGCCGUAUUGGACGUCGACUAG